AACGGACGCUGCUCAAGUGGCUGGAAGGAGGACAGACCACAGGCUAAACCAUAAAAAAGGCAGGUCGUGAAUAGGUAUCUUGCGUCACUUCCUCCACGUGGUCUCGGCCUAAACUCCCGCCAGGAACAGUCGUUUGUCAACAGUGUGGCGCUACCGCAGCUGCUGCUCAGUCUUCGGUGUUUCAUUGUUUACGUUGGAGUCAUCUUUACCCUCACUUCCCAGAAUGGCAGCGAACAAGGGCGACUCGGAUAUUGAUGAUAUUCUUACCAGCGAAGAAGAGCUCGAGAAGGCUUUGUGUGUGCUGGCUGGGAGCGACCCAGACAACUGCUCUUACUCCAAGGGUUAUGUGAAGAGACAGGCGGUGUUUGCCUGCAACACUUGCACUCCAAAUGAUGCAGAGCCUGCUGGGGUUUGUCUGGCCUGCGCCAAUAAAUGCCAUGAUGGACACGACAUCUUUGAACUGUAUACCAAAAGAAAUUUUCGCUGUGAUUGUGGAAACGGAAAGUUUGGGGGCUUCCAUUGCCAGCUAAAUCCUGUUAAAGAAGAGGAAAAUGUUAGAAAUCGCUACAAUCACAACUUCAGUGGGUUCUACUGCACGUGUCACCGGCCGUACCCAGACACAGAUGACCAGGAUGAAGACGAGAUGAUUCAGUGCGUCAUCUGUGAGGAUUGGUUUCACAGCAGGCACUUAGGCUGCCCUGUGGUUGAACCCGAGGAGCUUCAAGAGAUGGUAUGUGAGGCCUGCAUGAACAAGGCUCCUUUCUUGUGGACGUAUGCUGCCCACAUCGCAGUUCCGCCUGUGAUCCAAGUGGGUGAUGCCGAAGAGGAAGUAGAGGUCGACAUUGAGGGGGAAGACCGUGAGGCUGGUCAAAGAAAGGAUGAGGAACCUUCCUCUAGUGAUGAGCGCACAGAACCAGAGGAAGCUGUAAACAGGAGUUCCCCUGGCAAACGAACUCACGAGGAGAUGACAGGCAGCCCUGCGAUGGCUACAACGAAAAUUGUGGAGUGCAAGCUGAAGGAGCUGCAGGCCCGCGGGCUAGAGAGGCUGAGACGGGGAGCGGUGUUCUGGCCUUACAGCUGGCGCGCUGAGCUUUGCACCUGCACGAGCUGCAAGAGGGCCUAUGUUGCUGCUGAGGUGCAGUUUCUCUUGGAUCAGUCUGACACUAUUCUGGCCUAUGAGAAGAGAGGCUUGCAUGAGCCCUUCGGGCAGCACCCACUGAUGGCGCUAAUGAACUCGAUGGACCGUGUACAGCAGCUGGAGGUCAUUUACGGUUUCAACGAGCUGACGACCUCAAUCAGUGAAUUUUUAGAGCAGUGUGCCUCUGAAGGAAAGACAGUCACAGUCGAAGCUGUACAUCAACUCUUUGAGGAGCUGCAGGCCAGAAAAAGACGCAGAACCAGCGACGGAAAUCAGUAACAAGGUGUCCACUCUGCUGCCACCGUACGCCAUGUUCACGGGCUGUCUGGACUGAAUGUGUCACCCUCCUCUUGAAUAAACCGUUUUGCUGCAAACAA